CCCUUUUUGGUAAGGGCCCAAUCGCCCAGCCGCACACGGUCUACCCCCUCCCCCUCUGCAGAGCUUUGCGUUCGCCCCUGCCCUUCUCCCUCUCUCGCUUCCGCUUUCGCUGCCCUCUCUCGCUCCGUCACUCCCUCUGUCGCCCUCGUCCUCGCGCCCCGACCUCGCCGGCUGUGGCUCGCCCUCGCUCUUGCCUCUAGCUGCCUCUCUCUCCUCUCGCUGCUCCGUCGCCCUUCGCCCUCGCCGGGUUCGCCCUCUCGUUCUCGCGCCUCUUGCUGCUCGGUCGGCGGUAGCUCGCCCUCGCCGGCUCGCCUCGCCCUCGUGGCCGGUCACCGGUGGAUCGCUCUCCGUCGCUCACUGCCUCAGAUUCAGUCUUUGAAGCAGAUUUGCUUCUUAGAAGAAGCUCUAACUCCAGUCUCCAGAAUCCAGAUCUGCUUAGCUUCAACUUCCAGCGGUACGGCACCCCCAAAUGGAUGAAGCGGAAGAAACACCUUCGACGAACCCAAAUCCCAGACAAUCAGUUCCCGUCUGCGAAGAGUGCAAAUCAAACCCUUCAAAGUACAAAUGCCCAGGUUGUUCGGUACGCUCUUGCAGCCUUCAGUGCGUAAAAGGCCACAAGCGACGUACCGGCUGUAUGGGCAAGCGCCAACAGACUACUGAAUUCGUUCCUCUCUCCCAGUUCAACGAUAAUGUGCUACUCUCCGAUUACAAUAUGCUUGAGGAUGUUAAGAGGGUAGCUGAGUCUGCUCAGAGAUUGAGACUCAAGUUGUGUACCUAUUCCCAUUUUAGGCUUCCGUUCCCUCUGAAAAGCCUUCGUAGUGCCGCAGCAGCUCGGAGGACAAAGCUCUUGUUUCUUCCUGGUGGAAUGUCAAGGAGAGAGGCUAACCGAUCUUAUUACAACAACAGGAAGAAACUUAUCUGUUGGACAGUUGAGUGGCGAUUUCAUUCGACUGAUGUUGUAUUGAUUGACCAUGGAGUAGAUGAAAAUACAAGUCUCUGCUCUCUGAUUGAGAAACAUUUGAGGCCUGGUCCAUGGAAUCAUCCUCUAAGGCAAUUCUGUGAGGAGCCACUGGAUUCUCUCAAAUUUUUCAUCCGCAAAUAUCCCAAGGGCCCAAAAGCCCCUUUCAGGGAGUUGGACAUAGGGGCCCCAAUACGCCAACAGCUGGCCAAUUUAGUUAUUUUGGAGUAUCCUGUUAUCCAUGCUUUCCUUUCCUCAGACCAUCAUGAUUUUGAAGUUAUUAAGGAAGUUAAGCCUCGCAAAGCUAAGGUUGAGGAGCGUAUUAGCAAUAGUUGUGCAAGUCCAAAGGGCGUGACCUUCCAGGAGGAAGAAAUACAAGAUGAUGGUUCUUUGAAUACUCAGGUGUUGGAUCUUAUGAAGAAUGCUAAACCUGAUCAUGUAUUGCAGAUCUCUCAUCAGGACAAAGGAACAGAAAGGGAACUAGAUAGCAAAUUUGGCAUACCGUCAUUGGAAAAGACUGCUCAAGGUACCGAACUAGUGUCAAACAAUGAUGCAUAUAUUCAUAAAGGUCAAGAUAGCAUACAGUCUGGCUUCAGGACCAACGACCCUGAAGUGCUUGCGGACAUGGAUUUGGAUUUUGAUUUUGAGCAAGGGUUGAUUGAUGCCUACUCAGAUAUUAUUGCUCAAACAAAUCCUGACGAUUUUCUUGAUUUUGAAAGUGUGUUUCCUGAAGAUACGGAAUUGCAGGAAAUAAGAGAUCACCCAGAUUCAAGUGGUGUCUGCUCAGUAAAAGAGGAGUUGGAGGAAGGGGAGAUACCUUGACUUUUGAGUACCGUAUGCUAUACUGGUUUUGGACGGAAUAAUUUCUAAUUAUAGUCCUAAAAGGUGCAUCUAUGAACUUCUUUAUGAAGUUCAGUUUAGUUGGAUGGGCGGCAUCGCUAUGUGAAUGUUGCAAUGGCUAUGGAGCCGUGUUCUCGCAAGCUCCAGUUAUAUAUGUCAUCACAACACACUGCUUCCUGUUAACUAUGGAAAGGCUAGGCGCGUUGAUAGUAAUCUAUCCUUCUUGAGGGGUGCAUCAGUAGUUCCAUUUGCCAUUUUUGUCCACACGCCAAUCAUAAUAGCCGGCUGAGAAGAUAUUUGGAUCUCUCGGAGCACUUCUGUUUAUCUGCAUUUUGAUAUCUCAUAGCACUUCUGUUAUCUUCUUGUUGCUGGGAAUAGUGUUGUUUGUGAUAAUGUCCAAAAAUGAUAAAUUAUUGGCAAGUGUGAGUGAUGCUUGAUGCUUCUAAUGGGAAGAAGCAUUUUCUAUUGGGUA